UUUAGCUCCUAAAGAUGGAUCAGUUUCGGACAGGCGGACAAAGUGAAUUUCUGAGAGCAGCUGAAGAUGCUGCUGACGAUGUUUUGAGGCACACAAAACAUUUUUUGCCGCAUGUUGCACGGCUUUGUCUUAUUUCAACAUUUAUUGAAGAUGGUAUUCGUAUGUGGUUCCAGUGGGAUGAUCAAAGACAGUUUAUGCAGGAUUCUUGGUCAUGUGGUUGGUUACUUGCUACUUUUUUCGUUGUGUUCAACUUUUUCGGGCAAAUUAUUCCAGUUGUAAUGGUUAUGAUUCGUAAAAGGGUUGGCAUUGCAUGCAUUUUACUAGCCUCUGUUGUUGCUUUACAAACGGUCGCCUACCAUAUACUGUGGGAUUUAAAAUUUUUGGCGAGAAAUGUUGCUGUUGGAGGUGGCUUACUACUUCUGUUUGCCGAAACACAGGAGGAAAAUAGAAGCCUUUUUGCUGGUGUUCCACAAGUUAGUGAUGCAAAUCGAGGAAAAUCUGCUAUGUUACUUACUGGACGUAUAUUUCUCAUAUUCAUGUUUCUGUCAUUGAUUCAUUUCGAAUGGCAUUUUGUGAAACUUGUCGAAAUAGUUGUUGGAGGAGCUUUGAUGACACUUGUGCUUGUUGGGUAUAAAACAAAGGUGA